AUGGAAGAAGAUAAAGUUAAGUUGAGAAGCCAGGAAGACCAAAUCUUUGAAAUUGAAGAAUCAGCAGCUUUUAAAUCCCAAAUUCUUAGAAGCAUGAUUGAAGGGUUUGAUGGAAAAGAAGAAAUCUCAUUACCAAUAAAAGCAGCUAUUAUAGAAAAAAUACUCCUUUAUCUUAAACAUUAUAAAGAUUUAGAACCUCCUGUAAUUGAAAAACCUUUGAGAACUGCAAAUCUGGAAGAAAUUCUCCCAGCUUGGGAUGUUGAUUUUCUUAAUCUUGAGACUGAAAUGAUUUUUGAGCUCAUCCUUGCAGCAAAUUUUCUAUGUAUAAGUCCAUUGCUGGAUUUAUUGUGUGCAAAACUUGCAUCCCUUCUUAAAGAUAAAACCUCAGAAGAGAUUAGAAGCGCAUUUCACAUUAAGAAUGAUUUCACACCUGAAGAAGAGGCAAAAAUAAGAGAAGAAAAUUUAUGGGCUGAGAUGGAAUAA